AAAGCGGUUGAUUGAACGGCAACAUAACCUAUUGAGAAGACAUCAUCGUCCUUACAUACAAACAAACCGAAAACGAGUAAAUUCUCGUCUGCUGAUACAAAAUUUCCAGUAAUGGAAGAGGUAAAGGAGAUUUCCAUUAUCGUCAAAUGGUGUGGCAAGGAAUACGUUAUCAGUGAUUUGAUCGAUAGUGAUACGGUCGCUGUUUUACGACACGAAAUCUUCAAAAAAAUUAACGUCCGUCCCGAACGGCAGAAACUGUUGAACUUGAAAUACAAAGGUGCUAAUGCAACAGAUGACGUUAAAUUGGGUUCGCUUGAACUGAAGCCUAACUAUAAACUGAUGAUGGUUGGCUCAUUGGAAUCUGAUAUCAAAGAAGUGGAGUCACGACCAUUGGAUGCAUUAGAUUCUUUGGUUGUUGAUGAUUUCGAGGACACUGAUGAGAAGAAAGAAGUGUCCAUUCAUAACUCUGAGGUCUACUUGUCGAAGGUGAACAAGCGCAUCAAAGACUACCAAGUAAAGGAGCUCAACCCACCGCGUCCGAAUAAGAAACUCCUGGUGCUCGAUAUUGAUUACACUUUAUUUGAUCACAGAAGUGUUGCUGAAAGUGCCGCCGAACUUAUGCGUCCAUUCCUACACGAAUUUCUCACAUCGGCCUACCAGCACUACAAUAUUGUCAUCUGGUCGGCGACCGGAAUGAUUUGGAUCGAAGAGAAAAUGAAAAUGCUGGGCGUUGCCACACAUCCCGAUUAUAAGAUUUGGUUCUACUUGGACUCGAGUGCAAUGAUAAGCGUUUACAUACCGGAAAAGGGUGUCGUCGACGUGAAACCCUUGGGCGUGAUUUGGGGCAAAUAUGCGGAUUACUCAUCGAAAAACACGAUUAUGUUCGACGAUAUUCGUCGCAAUUUUCUCAUGAAUCCUCGUAGCGGUCUGCGAAUCCGACCGUUUCGGCAGGCACAUUCGAACCGGGACACCGAUCGUGAAUUGUUUAAAUUGAUGAAAUAUUUGAAGAAAAUUGCGGAAAAUUGUGAUGAUUUUGAUCGAUUGAAUCAUAGAAAUUGGGAAACGUAUGAACCGAAAUAGUCACCUUCAUAGCGUUGUUACAGUGGUUCAGUUGGUGGACUCGCGAUGGAGAUUUAUAUUAUGGGAGAAAUAAAAUUAAAUUUCGUCAAUUUCAGA